AUUGAGCUGGAGGUACUGAACCAAGCAGCGAUAGACAUUAACCGACUAGAAAGAGAGAUUGAUGAAUCCAGAGCCAAGUAUCAGAGCACAUUUCUGGAGUCCUCUCAACAACUGGAAAUGCUGAAAAAGAAAUUCAGUGCCAGCAUCAAGAGAGCCAGACCAUAUUAUGAGCUACAAGAUGCCUACAGAGAAGCACAGAAUCAAGCUUUGAGGUCAGCCAGGAAGUUUCAAACAUCUAAUGGCAUUUAUCUUGCUGCAAAAGAAACAUUCUCUCUAGCUGAGCUUCGUCUCAUGGAUGAUAAAGCUGCUAGUUUGUCUCCGGCCUGGCAAGAGAUGCUUAACUUAGCUGUGUUAAGGAUUACAGAAGCUGAGAAGGAGAAAUCUGCCAAUGAACAGGAGCAUCUGAAGCGUGCUGCUGUAUUCUCUGACAUCGAAAAGAAAAUGCACAUGUACGAGAAAAAACACAAAAGGUCUAUUGCCAAAGCUAGGUCGUACUUUGAAACUAAAAAGGAGCUGGAUAUCAAAUUACAACAAUUGAAACAAACAGUGGAAGACCUCCAGCAAGCCUUCAAAGCAGCCAAACAAAGAUAUUCUGGUGCACUGAAACACCUGGAGCAAAUAUCUAACAGUAUUCACGAACAAAGGAGGCAGAACUUUCUCCUCAUGUUCCCUCGAGAACCAGGAGUCGGUGCUGAAGACAACAAAAGCACUUCAGAGGCUGAGCCAAGUUUUCCUACCUUGUCAACAUCUGAUGAUGUAGACAGUGUUUUUGAUGAUACAGAAGGGGAUGAGUAUGAUAAGGAUUCUGGAGAUAAUGAUGAGGAAGACGGUGGAUAUCAAGACAUUAAUAAUGAAAGUGUUUUCCGAGCCAGAGUACUAACCACAGCUCUGGAUAAUGAUGACACAUCAUUUAUGAGAUUGAAAUAUGGUAGGAAAAGACGGGACAAGAAACAAGUCAAGAGAACACAAUCCCUUCCUCUGUAUCCAGGUCGUAGAGCCAUCAGAAGUGAAGAAGUAAGCUCCCUUUGUAGCUCUCCUGGAUCUGAAGCAGGUUUUCCUAACACCUCUGAGAAACCCCUGGUGCCUCUAUCUGACAGAUCAGACAACUACCCACCCGAUGGAGAUUCCCUGAGCAGUGAGAAGAAUAUUGUCUGUGACAUCAGCUCCUGCGACUCCACUGAUAACAUUGACCAUGAUAUCAGACCUUCGAGUCCCUUCAUGCACUUUGAUACUUUUAUGACAAAAUCUAGUUUAGAAAUUUUUGAGCCAGCAAUCAUUGAAAAUUCGAAAAAGAUGCUGGAAAGUAUUGAACCACUUGAAGAUUUGGUUAUAGGCAGCAGCCAUGAAGACAUUCAGAAAGUUUCACAAGAAAUAUUAGCAGAAGAUUCCAGUAAUGAUCAUGUUGCAGUGUCAGUGAAAGUAAAUGAUUCACCAUCAGAAAUCUUGGAGAGUGAGAGUGCUGUUUCUUUGUUGCAACCUCAUACAAACAAUUUAUCUGAAACUGCCAUGAAAUAA